AUGGCUUGGAUUUCAUUAAUCUGUUUACUCGCCUUGUCGAGCGCAGCUUUCGGACGAUCAUCAUAUGGUUCAUACUCUGCUCCAUCAGUUAUGCGUGAUCUUCCAGUUGAAUCAAACUAUGGAUCAGCACCAACAUUCCAAAGAGAAUUAAUCGAAACCGUUCGUGAUCUUCCAUUAACAUCCAGCUAUGGUUCAUCAUACUCAGCACCACGCAAAAUGAUGAUUCAAAGUGAUAUCCGACCACGUGUAUUUCCAUCACAAGAACAAUUAAUGUUCGAACAACGUGAAGCUUUAAAACUCAAAAUUGCCGAAUCAACAAUCACAACUGAAGCUGAUAACCUUUGCCGUGGUCAACGCGCAGAAACAGUUAUCCCAUUAGAUGGUGGUAUUCGAUUUGUUGUCUGUCUUGAUGAAGGCAAAGGUCAUGAACAAUGGUGCCCAAAAGGUCUUUUAUAUCACCCAGAACAACGCCGAUGCGAACGUAAAUUGGGUCCAUUAGAAAGUCCAUGUGUUUCAUCACCAUGUCUUAACAACGGCCAAUGUAUCCCAACUGACACACACUCAUACAAAUGUGAAUGCCCAACUGGUUUCGAUGGUAAAAUCUGUGAAUUAGAUGCUACAGUUUGUCACACACAACAACCAUGUGGAUCAUCAUUCGAAACAAAAUGCCAAUCAUUCCGAUUCGGAGCUGGUCUUACACACAUGUGUAUCUUUGAAGGUGGUCGUGCUUAUGGUUUCUCAGCUGGUCAUGUUCACCAAAGCCCAUGCAACGGAAUUCAAGGUACAUUCCCAUUAGCUUUCAGUGAUAAAGGUUUCAUCAUGUGUGACAAUGAUAUGCACGUUGAAUCAUGCCCAGGUGGUACAAUUUUUGAUGAUUUAAACAAAGCUUGUGUCUGGCCUGAUAUGGAAGGUAUUAUUGCUCCACUUGCCGAAGAACAAACAAAAUCAGUAUCAUAUGAUUUAUACCCAACAGUCUCACGACCAAUGCCAGUAUUUGAACAACCAAAAUUAUUCCGUGAUUUACCAGUAAAAUCAUCAUACGGUUCAUCAUACUCUGAACCAAAAGUAUUCCGUGAUUUACCAAUUAAAUCAUCAUACGGCUCAUCAUACUCUGAACCAAAAGUAUUCCGUGAUUUACCAAUCCAAUCAUCAUAUGGUGCACCACUCGUCGAAAAAUCAAUCAUCCUUGCUGAUGAACCAAAAGUUGAAUAUGGUGCCAAAACCGAAUUUGUUGUUCCACAACAAGAACGAUUAAUUGAACCAGUCGUCUCAUCAUAUGGUGCUCCACGUAUGCACAAACAAACCUUCUUUCAAAAACCAACCAUCCGAUCAUUCGAUCGUCUUCCAUCAUCCGGAUAUUAA